AAGCUGCACGGCGCGUCAGUAAUUCACAGAAUCACAGCUUCCAUUUCAAAAACAAAAGGUGAAAAUGGAAGCGCGCCACAGUCGCCGGCGUCAGUGCAUGCUCGUACCUGCAUCUGUACCGCCUCCGCCGCCUUCACUGCGGCCCCGGCGACGCGCAUGGGUUGCCCGCCCGCGCACUCAAUGCCCCGCCUGCGCUUUCAGUUAAGGUACUUCCACGUACCGGGUCCAUCCAUCGCCAUUAGUUUAGCUCCCCGUUGCCACGAUUAAUGGCGCCCGAGCUAGCUUCCAAAGCCGAUUCAUUGGCUCGAUCCGGCUGGGCUGCAUUUAAUCGGGGCUAUUUUUGAAUGUGUUCUGGGGUUUCAGCUUGCCGCGCAGCCAGCCGCCGGGUGCUCCGUGUUCGGAAUUCGGAUAUGCUCUGUUCCUUGUCCUGGCGCCUCCUAUAAAUACCGGGCGUCGCCGUGCAUCGUGCAUCGAUCGACCGCGAACAAUUCGAAUUAUCCAUCUCCCGCCGCGCGCACCCACCUCCCACCUACGGGAAGCAAGCUGGUUAUUGGGGUGACGAACUAACGAUCGAUGGCCCGCUUAGUUAGGGAUGGUGGCCGUGGACGUGGAGCGGCGGCGGUGGAGGAGACGGCGCCUCUGCCCCUGCCUCCGCCGCCCCGCCUCGCGUCGGCGGCGUUGUCUUCCUCGUCGCCGGCGUCCAUCCGUGCGCUGCUAUCGAGGACCGGUGGCGGGACGGACUGCCAGCAGUCGCCGCGGUCGCUGCUGUCGCGCAUCCUGCUGCGCGGCGGCGAUCAUAACGGCGGGAACGGAGGUGGGUCGUUCGGGUGCCGGGUCAGGCUGCCCCGGCGGUAUGGUAGCAGCAGCUCGUCCGUCGGCGAAAGUAUCAGGGAGGAGAGAAAGGACGAUGGUGCUGCCUCCGAGCAGUCGGCGGACGACUUCGGCUCCGCCAGGGUGAAGGUCGUGCAGCGCGCGCCGGAGCUGCCCAUGGACACGCCCCGGAGCUCUCUAGGGAGGAAGAAGCCGGAGGAGGAGGUCAUGUCGAUGAACCUUGGCCUGGGCGCGAGCCUGGUGCUGCUGCUCUCCAAGAGCGCGGUGGAGCUGAACAAGAUGGUGGAGCUCCGCGCGCAGAUGGAAGCGCUCGUCUCGGAAAUCAGGCACGAGACCGUCGGCAAGGAGAAGCAAGGCGGCUCUGCUCCUGCUUAUGCUCCGGCCGCGUCGUCCUCCUCCUCCCAGGAAUCCACCGUGAUCAAGGACCCCAUCGCCCGCGCCGAGGACGCGCUGUCCGACAACUGCUCCGGCGCCCGGACCGCAGAUCGCCGCCAGCUUUCCGCCGCCGUCGUCGCGAUGGACCAUAACAAGAUGGAGGCCGAGCUCCAGAUCGAGCUGAGCCGCAUGCAGACGCAGCAACGCGCCAUGCACGCGCCCAUGCGAGGGCUAGAGCUACCGCCGCUGCAGGUGAAGACGACGAGGGGCGCGCACGUGUCCGUCGACACGACGUCGAGGAGCUGCGUCGUCGACCACGCGGCGCAAGCGAACGCCGAGGAGGAUAGCGAGGAGGAAGAGGAUCAGCACGAGGAGGACUACGAAGAGGACGAGGAGGAGGAGGAGGACGACGACGGUGGCGAGGUGGUGGACCGCGACAGGAGCCCGCCGCACGGCGGCGUGUCGGCGCGCGCGCUGGAGCGGCGGCUGCACGAGCUGCUGCAGCGGCGGCAGCAGGACCGCAUCGUGGAGCUGGAGGCGGCGCUGGACGGCGCGCAGCGGCGGCUCCAGGAGCGGGAGCGCGAGGUGGUGUGGUGGCGCGACGCCGCCAAGCUCGUCUCCCACCGCCGCGACGAGUCCCGCCGCCUCCGGUGCACCGCCUCCGAGCCGGUCCGAUAAGCAUACGCACGCGCACACGCGUGUGUCAGUUCUGAGUUCACGUGUGCGUGGCAGCUCGCUAGCUAGUAAUGGCGGGUCAGCCGCCAUGUCAGGGUGUGCAGUAGGGUUUGUGGGGUGGAGAGGAGAGGUCUCGCGGUCACGCUGCGCGGGUGAGGCGGUGUUAAUAACAGCUCCCGAUCGAGCUCGGUUUUGGCGCGCAACCGCGCGCUCGGAGAUGGCGGGAAAGGGGUGUGGGGGCUGGUUUCGAUCGGUGGGGGCCGGCGUGUGUGGUCUGUGGUGUAGCCGUGUAAUAAAUGGUUCGGAGUUUUCUCUCCGCUCGCUAUUCGAUUGAUUGCUAUGCGCCCUUUGCUUUGUUCUGUUUCCAAAUUCUGCGAGGGAAAAACAACUGGGACCUAGUUUCAGAAUUCGGUCUGAACUCUGUUCCGGUUCCAAAUUCUGCGAGGGAAAGAAGAACUGGGGCCUGGUUUCAGAAAUCAGAAUUUGGUCUGAACUCUGUUCUGAUUCCAAAUUCUGCGAGGGAAAAAGAACCGGGGCCAGGUUUCUGAAUUCGGUCUGACCUCUGUUGUGUUCUGAUUCCAAAUUCUGCGAGGGAAAAAGAACCGGGGCCAGGUUUCUGAAUUCGGUCUGACCUCUGUUGUGUUCUGAUUCCAAAUUCUGCGAGGGAAAAAGAACCGGGGGCCAGGUUUCUGAAUUCUGUUCCUGUGCCAAAUUCUGCGAGGGAAAAAAAGAGCUGGGACCAGGUACUAGCGUAGUACAUUAUCUUGAGCAGGAACUGUCCGAUUCUGGUGGAAUUUACUGGGGGUGCUGCGGCGCAGCAGAUUGGCGGCAACGUAUUCAUUGGGCGGCAAAAGGAUAAAGGCGACGGGGGGCGCUAGAAAAACUGGCAGCUGCUGUGGGGCAGUAACAGUGGUAAGAAAUAGAAGGAGGAGAAGCUGCUCUUCCCAGUGCUUGCCGGGGCAGGCACACACGCCGGCAGCAGCAGAGCGCGUGUAAAAGCAGGCAAAACCUCAGCUCCCUCCCAUGAUC